AUGGCCACGGCGAGCCAGUGCACCGUCUACGCCGACUAUGGCGCACGCCCGCGCACCGUCACGUACAGCGACUUCCCUGCCUUCGUGUACCUGGUGGCGGCGACCUCCAUUGCCACAUUGCUAGAGGCGGUAGCCCUGUUCCUCAGCUGGAGGAUGAAGUGCAAGAGCAAGAAAUCCUGGAGGGUGCUCAUCAUGCUGCUCCUCGGCGCCGUCGUCCCCGCGCUGCUCUACACGUCAGCCGGCGCGGCGUUCGCUGUCGGCUGGGACAUCUCCUACUACUUGGAGCCCAGCGGGCGGCGCUUCAGCGUCUGCCGCAGCAGCGUCGGCGACAGCUUCUGCGGGCGGGUGCACGUGUCCAUGUGGCUCGCGCUCGGCGCUGCCGUGGCUGUGUCCAUUGCUGAGUUCCUGACCACGUUCCGGUGGUGCCAUGGCGGUGGAUCGGGAUCAGACUCCGGCUGUGACUCGGACUCGGAUUCGGAGUCCGUAUGUGGGCAUGGGUGCCAUUGCAAGCAUUAG